AAUGCCCUCGAGCCGAGCCUCCGAGCUCAUCAGCAACAGCCUGUGGGCAACUGACGGCUCGAGACAGCUGCUGGAACUCUGGACACCUGUUGCCACUGAGACAGGACCAGGCGGGAAAAUAAGAAAUAAAAGGAAACGUAACUAAACUAACAAAGAAAUCCGCCACCUGGCCAGGUGUUUCCACUUUAAAAAAAAAAAAAUCUCCACAGCUGUUAAAGACAGUCCACCAUGUCAUCCACAGUGCUGCUGAAUCUCCUGCGUUGUGGUCGCUCAACCAUCACCAGACAAACUUUCCUCACAGUACGCUGCUCACCAGAAACCCUCACAGCUUCUGGGCAGGUGGGUGAUGCGUUAUCUGGGGUGGUUGGCGUGCGGCAGGCCAGCGGCGGCGUGCACCGUUUUGACAGUGUCGACGGCCGGCCGGUCACCUGGGACUCAUUUGGUAUCUGGGACGACAGGAUAGAAGAACCAAUCCUCCUGCCCUCCAGUAUCAAAUAUGGAAAACCCAUUCCACAGGUCAGUCUUUCGCGUGUUGGCAGCGCGUCUGUUUUGGGUCUCAGGAAGCAGAAUGAGGACCGUCUCCGUGUCGCCCGUAUCAAUGACAACCUGCUGUACUUCGCUGUGUUUGACGGCCACGGCGGCCCGCAUGCUGCUGACUACUGCUACACCUUCAUGGAGAAAUUUAUCAGAGAUGCUUUAGAGGAGGAAGAUGAUCUGGAGAAAGUUUUGAAGAAAGCCUUUCUGAAUGCUGACAAAGCUCUAUACCAACACCUCAGCUACUUCAACAACCCCUCUUUCCUGACAGCUGGGACCACAGCGACGGUUGCUUUGUUACGGGAUGGCAUUGAGCUGGUGGUCGGGAGCGCCGGUGAUAGCCGGGCGAUGCUGUGCAGGAAAGGACAAGCCAACAUGCUCACUAAAGAUCACACACCUGACCGCAAGGACGAGAGACGACGGAUCCAGAGUUUUGGGGGCUUUGUGAAGUGGAAUAGUCUGGGUCAGGCUAAUGUUAACGGGCGGCUAGCCAUGACUCGCAGCAUUGGAGACUUCCACCUGAAAACCAGUGGCGUCAUCCCUGACCCAGACACGCAACGGAUCAAUAUCCAGCACGCCAACGAUUCCUUCUUGGCUCUGACCAGUGAUGGCGUCAACUUCCUGCUGAGUGAUCAGGAGAUCUGUGAUGUCAUCACACAGUGCCAUGACCCUACAGAGGCUGCGGACGUCAUCACUCAGCAGGCGCUGCAGUACGGCUCAGAGGACAACUCCACCAUCAUCAUCGUCCCCUUUGGUGCCUGGGGGAAGCACCAGAGUCCCACCGCAGUCUACAGUAUAAGCAGGAACUUUGCUUCAAGUGGGAGAUGGGCGUAGAGGAUAACCACAUGCAAAAACAUCACAGAGCUCUGAAGCUUUCACCAAAAUGAUUUAAAGACUUUGACUUGAAGGACACAAAUAUUUUUGAUUUUUUUCCCCCCAAAAUGAUCUGACAACAAACCCAAAUUCAUCUGAUGACACUUUUGACCCAUUGGAGACCCACAGCAAUGUUGGCUUUGUACACAUCUUUAGUGUUGAUGUCCUUGUUUUCGCUCCCAGCUGAACAGUGUAUAUAGAGUGUAUAUUAAAGUAUUGUACAUAUAUAGACAGACGUUUGCUACAGUGUUUGUAUGUCAAGUUUGUAAAACGGUGUUCUUGCAUGUUCGGAUGAAACAUUUUAACACCCUUCCUGUAUUUUUUCAGAAAAUGUUAUUUUAGCCCAAAAAUAGCCACUUUCGUAUUAAAAGUAUUCAUAAAAACUAAAUCUAGCUAUAUUACUGUGUGUUCAGACAGAGCACAAAGUGAAUUUUAGACAUACUGUGAUUACAAUCAAUUUGA